AUGAAAUCAUAAUCUUUAUCGAAAUAUUAAUGCAAUAAUAGGUCAUUGAUUAUACAACGACGAUUGGUAUAAUUUGAAUAUUAUAGAAGAGCAGAUAGCCUACCUAAUCACCUUAAAAUAUAGAUGGCCUCUCUUUCUAAAAUUAUUUCACUGAAUAAUCAAAUCUCAAAUCUUAAGCUUCUAAAAAAGAAAUAAUCAGAUUGAUUUAGUCUUCUUAUGAGAGUAUAGAGUAAAAUAUAGACAUCCAAGAGUUGAAUACCAUUUUGACAAAACUACUUAAGGGAUUAAGCACUUGUCUUUAUGAGUAAGAUUUGUCAUUAGCACUGAUCUAACUUAUAUAAGUAAUCAAAAAAACUAUAAAGAAUUACUAAAUCAAUUAAAAGUAAAUCUAUGAUAUUGAAAAGACCUAAUUAUUGUCAAAAUUAUAACAAUUUGAACAAUAAUCUACAGAGAAUGAAUAGAAAUUAGGUAAUUUUUUUUGUUAUUUUAGUUAAUAAGAUUAAAGAAUAUGAAAAUCAAAACAGAAUAUUAAAGUAUUAGAAUGAUUUAUCUCAAAUCAAGAAAGGCAGAUUAAAAACUGAGAAGCUUAUUGAUCGCAAUUAAUAUAAAGAAUAAAUUAGGGAUAUGUAAUAAGAAAUUCUUUCUAUAUCAGAGAAAAAGCAUAAAUUAAUAAGGUUGGUAAAAGCAAUGAAAUCAAGAGGAAUAGAUGUUGAAAAAUUUUAUUAUAAUCUCAACAAUUAAAGUAAUAGAGAGACCAAGAAAUCAAGCAAAUAAUCUAAUUCAUAAAGUGAGCACUUAUCAUUCAGUGAAUCAAAUAUGGCAGAUAUUUCUCAAUUAGAUUUCAGUGCUGGAUUAAUUAAGAGACAUACUCAAUUUAUAAUUGAUUGA